AUGGAGGACGGUUUUCGAGAAGAGGAGGACCCUCUGGGUACAGACACCCUCCGCACGGCCUCUGACCGUGGUCGCGCCCAUGCCCAUCACGCACAUCACCACCCAACCCAUGCCGUCGACGGCCACCACUCCUACGUCAAACACGACGACGACGACGACGCACGAUACCAGGACAGUCUUCACCGCCAACACCAGCACCAGCACCAUACACAAGCCCACACCGAGUACACCUACCCUGUUUACGACGAGCCCCCUGAACUCUCUCCGACCGACACCCCGUACACUCCUGGCAGUCGCCCCGUAGCCACACAGACCACUUUCGACAUUGACAGCCUUGACCCCUUCGCAGCUUCCGUGGCAUUUGACAGUCCGACCGGCGACGGUAUUGACGGUGGCAUCGGAAGUCAUGUCGUCGCGGUCGUGACACCAGACGACUUCUAUCGUGACUAUCGUAGCGCCUCCUCGACCCACUACCACCACCAGCACAGCCGACAGCCUUCCUCUUCGUCCGAACGCGCCCCAAUGGCCACAUCCGUGCCUCGACCGAGGGAUCCCGCCUCCUUGCGGUCGAAUGGCAACGGGACCACAGCCAAACACCCUCCCAUGCCAACAGCCCUCAACGGCCUCCGUACAGCGACAAGAUCUGUUUCUGCCCCGAUUGACCCUUCGAGCACGACGGGCCCCAAGAGGCUGAACAAUGCAGCACGCCAGCCAAGCGUCAAGGACCUGACUAAGAAGUUUGACCAAGGCCCUCCGACCGCGAUACCCCGGCUUCCCGUACGGACUGGUAUCCCGUCACGACCAAACAAGCCUGCGACGAGCAGUGACAAGCCGCUACCCACUGCCCCCGUGGGUCAGCGUCAAACAUCAUAUUCCACCCUCAGGACGUCCGUCGACCGUAACCUGACACCAGACUCCGCCAGGGCAACGCGGAGCACCCAGAGGACAAAGUUUGUCGCCGAAGACCAGACUUCCAACAACUCGCAAUCGUUUGCCAGUCGAAUAGGAAAACCUCGAACGCCCGUGGCAUUGAACGCACAGCCUUCGCAAUCCACUCCAACCGUGUCGCAGAAACACUCAUUCCAACCGACAACCGCCUCACCGAAUGCGUCACCCAUGAUUCCUCAGUCGCAAACCCUCCUCUUUGGCGAAAUCCUACCCGAUCAGCGCGAUAACCACACCCUUGGUCAUGGCAUCGAAGGAUCGGGUUCUCGGCCGCGAAGGACGUCGGAAUCGAAUGUGUCGAGCAUUAGAUCCGCACACCAACGCACUCUUUCCGACCCUGAUCUGAUUGAACCAUCAUCUCCAACCGAUUGGUACCGCAUCGCGAAUGACGACACGAACGGCCUACAGCCUCAACAAACACGUCACCUCAAAAGCCACGUGCGGGCGCAGAGCGACACGCCGUCCAUCAUUCCGCGAAAGCCGCCUCCGCCUGCUGUCGGAGCCACCGAGCGUAGUCGCGCCGUCUCGCCUUCGACACGACUGCCCAUUUCUGUCCGAAGACUUGCCAGCCCGAGUCCCAGUCUCUCGACAAGCUCACCCUCCGGCGGGAACUCCAGAGCCAACUCCCCAUCCAACCUGCAUCGCAUCAAACCCCACGGCAGACCCUCCAGGGCGGCAAGCGCUCAAGGCUAUCGAUCCAAAACACCGACACAGUCGACACGACGAGCGCCCCCUCAAGGGCUCACGACACCGAGCAACAACGGUAGAUUGACACCUUACGGCGGAGUACCCGCUCCCAAGCUAUCGCCACCAUUACGCAGUUCUCGCCCUCGGCAGUCUGUUGCAACCGCCACCACGACGAGUUCACGGAUGAAGGCGUUAGAACGGGCUCGGUCGCCGCACUAUCAUGCGACGCGCAAUGCACAAAAGUCCACCGAAGCGCCUACACGGAGGCGCAAGAUAUCUGUCGGUCCGGUGGACUUCGAGCAGCGGAGAGAGCAUAUCAGGUUGGCGUACACAAAGUCCAUCCGCGACAGCCAGGCACGCGAGGCGAGGCUCCAAGCUGCAGAGAGGCGAAAGAAAGAAUUGGAAGUCGCAGCCCGGACGAAAGCCGCGCUGACAGCAUCGCAAGCAGCAGCCAAUCAAGACGAACGCACAGCACAUGACCAUGUUGCAGCUUCUGAUCUCGACUCGCGAUUGCUCUCGCCUCUGAAAAUCCCAACAGGUACAGAGUGUAGUGAGCCCAGCCCAGCCACUCUGUCGCCGCAGCCCGAUGUCGUCAAAGAGUCCCCGACCCUUGGUAUUCCAGGCAGUUUUCCAGCUGGUAGUCCCGCAAUCGAGUUCGAAGAAGCGCCGCCGUCAGCUAUUUCGAUGGCUACCGAUGUUACAGAGUUUGACGAUGAGCCACAGGUUUUCCCGCUUGUUCAGCCCGAUCACGGGGCUACCUCAAGCGGCCUGGGUCUGGCUUUGCCAGACAUGCCUGGCAGCUUCACUGUGUCCGAGGCCGAUGUCCCGGAGGACGACGAACGCCUCGGUGCUCGCACGCCGCCCUUUGAGGCCCCAUCGACAGAUGAACACGUCACACACCACGACUCAUUCCCUCAGGAAGCCGUCGAGGAUGAACAGGUCUCUAUCAAGAUCGCCGCAACUGAUGUGCCUCAACAAACGUCUGAAGAGGCCCCACACUCUACACCCAAGUAUGUCGACAGCGAGCAAAUGGCCGAGCCACAGCCCGACACCGCAUCGAACUUGGAGGCUUACAAGGACGAGUACGAGCCUUUGCCGUAUUCGAGCCCGUCACUGGAAACUACCGUUAAGAUUCUUCACCGAGAAUCCGAUCAAUUCACGAAGCCUGAGCGUUCUUCGAUCGCCGAUGAGCCUCAUGAUGAUUCCUACCACAUGAGUCUAGACCAGCAUGAAGCAAGGGCAUUCCGCACCUUUGUUCGACAAGAGCAAUCGCAGCGCGAGAGUGACAAAACGCAUUCGCCGUCUCGGCAGGACAAAGACCAAAGCGUACCGAUCACGAAAGAGCAACGGCGCCUCCAGCAGCGGCGAAAUGUCAUCAAGGAACUUGUGGACACAGAGAUGGUAUUCGUCCGCGAUAUGAACAUCGUCGAGGAGAUCUACAAGGGGACGGCAGAGGCGUGCCCGAAACUGGACGGCAAAACGAGCAAAAAUAUCUUUCGAAAUGUGGAUGAGAUUGUGGCCUUUCACACGGCUUUCCUUGUGCAACUCAAGGAUGCCGUUGCUGCUGUUUACAUCCCUCAAGGUCGACGAUCUUCUGCACCAAAGGAAGCCUCUAUCAAGUCCAAUUCGACUGGAUCAAAUUCUGGUGCACAGAGCCAGACGGAGUCAGACGACGCCAAGGAUCGCACGACGACGCUGGGUCCGCUGUUCCAGUUGAACGCCGAGAAAAUGAAGAUUGCACACGAGGGGUUUCUCCGAAACAGCGAUCUCGCCGCCAAAAGACUUAUCCAGAUUCAGCAAGACCCCACUGUCCAGGUGUGGUUGAAUGAAUGCCACGAGGUUGCCAAGGAUUUGACUGCGGCAUGGGAUUUGGACUCACUCCUCAUCAAACCUAUGCAGCGACUCACCAAGUACCCGAAUUUAAUCCUCACAAUUUUGCAGCACACACCGCCAGACCACCCAGACCGACCUGCUCUUGUUGCUGCCAAGGAUACGCUGGAAGUUGCCAUCAUUGAGAUCAACAAGACGAAGAAGAACUUUGAGCUCGUGGGCCAGAUCGUUGGGCGAAAGCGCAAAGAAUCAGACGUCAAAGCUGGUUUUGCCCGCGCAUUCGGCAAACGUGUUGACCGCCUCCAGGCGACAAGCACGCGCAUCCCUGAGGACCCUGAGUACGCGAAACUGCACGAGAAGUUUGGUGACGACUAUCUCCGGCUCCAAGUUGUCCUUCGGGAUGUAGAAUUCUACACCCGUCAAGUAACGAGUUAUGUCCACGAAUUUCUCCAAUACCUUUCGUCGAUGGAGCUUGUCAUGAGACUUCAGCCAGGCAGCUACCCAGAGAUUGAAAGCAAAUGGGUACAGUUCAAUGUAUCCAUGAGAGACAUAGAGAAGGUUGCUUUGGAUCAGCAUCUUGCCCAAGUUCGGAAGCAAGUCAUUGAGCCCUUUGAACUCGUCAUCAAGGCGUACGGAAACCCGUCCUUGGCCAUGAAGAAGAGGGAGAAACGCCGGUUGGACUUUGAACGAGCUGAACAGAUCAGAAAGGGUGGCAAAACGCUGGAUCCGAAGCUGAAAGAACUUGUCGAGCAGUACGAUGCGCUGAACGAUACGCUGAUCAAAGAGCUGCCCCAGUUGUCCGCCCUUACGGAGAAGGUUGGAAAGAUCUGUCUGGAGAACCUCGUCAACAUACAGGCCAAGUGGUAUUCGAUCUGGAAGGACAAAGUUAAAGUUGUCCUUGCAGACACUUCGUCGCUGCCAGAGAUGCCCGAUGUCGUCUCGAUAUUUCAACAUGACUUCAAGUUUGCGCAAGAUCAGCUCGACACCAUUGGCAUUCUUCAUCCCGAGUACAAGGGGAGAGCAUCUCAGUCGACCAUUACGACGAGGGCCAGCACCGAGGACGGGACGCCAAGGAACAGACCCCGCCCCGCGGAGCUCACUCCGCGGAAUCGCGGUCGCUCGAUGAAUAGUGAACAAACCCCGGCCUUGCCCACGCCGGAGUUCAAGCGCAAUAGCGGGCAGUUCACACUCUCCCCUACAAGCACAGUCCCGAGCCCUCACCAAUACUACUAUCGCGAUUACUACACCAAUGCCAAUGCCACCGCCAGCGGCAGCGGCAGCGGCAGCGGGCAGCGACCAUCCGUACCACCGUCGCCCCGGACCGAAGAUUCGUCGCCAAGCUUGCGCGCUGCGGGCGGUUAUCCUCUGGCAAGACCCAGUACUGGGAGGAGCUAUGACUCUGGUGGCUUGCCCAGGGAAAGUUCCGACUCGAGCCUGCAUAACAGGCGGGACUCGAACUCGACUUACAAUUCUGGUUACCCUGCCACAGAACCCAAGCGUUACUCGGGAUUAUUCCACUCGGCACUACCAUUGCCAGACAGUGCCGAAGAGAGCCAGAGGUCGUCCCGGGCGUCCUCAAGAGAACGCUUCCCCGAAAGCAGCAAUUACAAUGUGCUAUGGCUUGCUGCGUCACUGUUUGAGUUCAAUAUUGAGACGACAAAGAACGAAGCCGGGUAUCCUUACCUCACAUAUCAGGCAGGCGAGAUCUUUGAUGUGAUCGCCGAAAAGGGUGAAUUAUGGCUCGCUAAAAACCAGGACGAUCCGAGAGAACAAGUGGGUUGGAUAUGGUCCAAGCACUUUGCCAGGCUGGCAGACUCGUAG